AUGAGCUCAGCGUCUGUGAACGGCAGUGCUUCUUCAUCGGUGUGCAACUACGAUGCACUGAAGUCGCACAGCUACAUGCAGUGUGGCUGGGUGGGUCAGUCGAUGGCGCACAAAGUGAAGGAAAAAGCCGUGCUGCUCGUCGACGUUGCCGCAGGCCCAUUUGACGUGGAACACUUCUUAUGGAAAGAGUUUCCAUCGACGAAGCAGCUCUUCAGUGACGAUAUGAAAAUUCUGAGUGGCAUGCGAGACCCUUUCGUCUCCGAUUCGGGAGCUUUUAUCAACAUGUUUGACAGGACGACUUGGAUUCUGUUUAUUACUUCUCUGAUUGUCCUGAUAACGAUAUCUACGAUAGCCUACCGGAUUGCUGGCCGGAGAGGAAGACAGACCGAGCUGUUUAUGGACAUGUCUAAAUAUUUGUACGCCUACAUCGAAGUUCUCUUCUUCGAAGCGACGCAGGUUCGCUUCGUGCCCCUGGCGAACCGCGUAUUGCUUGGAGCCUGGCUAAUAGCCUGCUUCGUGCUUGUGAACCUGUUCAACGGCGAAGUGAAGGCCAACCUACUCGCCAAGUCGGAGACCACACGCAUUAACACUGUCGACGACCUGUUACGUCAUCCCAACAUGUUGCCCAUCGUCGCUGGAAGAUCGCCGCUGGAAUACGUACUCCAGACGUCCAGCCUCAAGGGUGUGCGCGACGUGUACGCGCGAUCGGUGCAACGCAAGGGCCUACUGCCCGUGAUGCAGCUGUACACGCCGCGCACGCUGGACAUGGUGGUGCAGCGGCGCGCCGCUAUCAUGCUGGACACCACCAGCGCUCGAGUGCACGCCUCCAAGCAGUGCUCGGUGCUUCGCGGCUACUUCUACAUCGGCACCCAGAACAUCUGGCUGCUGCGCUCCUCCUGGUACUUCCGUCGGGACAUUCCGCGUUGGAUUGUUACCGAAUUCGACAAAAGAGUGCUCUGGCUGAGCGCCAUGCCGUCACCCUUCAUGCGGGACGAAGAGGUCUACCCUCACGGCACUCCUUGCUUCUUGGGCAGCCACAAGCAGGACCGGAGCAGCGCCUACCAGCCGCUGCGGUUCGAAGACCUUCGCGCUGUGUUCAUUCUCUCCGGUUACAUACUCGCCACGUCGGCAUUUUUCCUCCUUGUCGAGUUUGUCGUCUACGGCGUCAUGUGCUGCGCCAACUGCGUCAAGCGAUCGACGGGUCGACUGCCCACUGCCGUGUCACCUGGUUACUAG